AAAUUUUAAAGUUAACAAAUAGUAAAGAAAGAAACUUAAAUUUGUUUUUAAUAAUUCAUAGAUUAUUAAAAUUUGAAAAUGAAGAUGAAUUAAGUUUAAAGUAUUUAAAAAAUAGGAGAUACUGCAGUUCCAUCUCCAGAAAUGAGACCAAUUUAGACUUAAGCAAAUAAUUCAACUAUUUUUUAAAGUGCAAAAAUAGCAUAGCUCUCUCAAUCAGCAUAAUCAAUAUAAUCUACACCAUUUACAUAAGUCAGGGAUAUAUCUCCGCUUACUCAUAAACAAUUGAAUGCCCUAUCGCCUAGCAAAUCAACUUUAUCUCAAGGCCAGAAGAAAAGAAAUCAUAAAAUACCAUGCCCUGCACAUUAGGAAUUUGACAUAUCUAACAUGUGCACGGCAGAAGGUUGCUUAGAGCCACUUUGUGCUGAAUGCAUUCGAGUCCAUACAUAGCUUCACAAUAAUGAAGGAACAUCUUCUAAUAUUGACACAAUAUUUAAUAAAAGAGAUUAGUGUAUUGAAAUACUGAAAGAGUAAACUAAUCUCUUCAGCCAAGAAAUUCAAGUGCUCGGAUAAAUUGGAGAUUCUACAAGAGACAAUUUAUUAAAAUAAUCUUUAGAGAAAAUUUAAAUAGCAAAAGAAAAAGUCCUUUUUGUAGUGGAGCAAUACUUUAAAGAUAUUUAAGAACAUGUGCAAUAAAAAAUAGUUUAUUCAAAACAGAGCACAACAGUUGAUAAAUAGAAAAACUUAGAAUUAAAAUUACAGUCAAUAAUUUAAGAUAUAGCAAAGAUGGAAGAUUUAUUAAACUCUGAAGAUUUCAUAAAAGCAAUAAUCUAAAUAUUAUCAGGUGAGUAUGACCACAAUUAUGAAAAAAUUUAGCAAGAAAUCAAUGAAGUUGUUGAAAAAAGCGGAUCAGAAUUAUUUGAAGUAGAAUUUGAUGAAUCAAAAAUGUACUCUUUGAAUAUUGAAAUAUAAAAAUUGAUCUUUUUAAAACCUCAUAACAUGGAUGGAGUGAUCAAUAAAACUUUGGAGAUAAGUAAGGCUGAUGUUUUUUAAAGUAAACACUAAUCGCCUUUAAAAAAGCAUAACUAAACUGUUCUAUCAACUAUUGUCAGUCAUUAACAAAGAAAUAAUUUUUCUUCUAACUAAAAGUUAAAUUCUUAAUCAUUUUUGUAAGUUGGAAACCAUGUCUCACAAGCUAAUGAAAAUAUAAACAGAUAAUCUCUCUAGAAUAUAGAAUCGUUAAAUGAUUUAAAUAAACCAAAAACAUUAAUUUCCUAAAGACCACCCUAAUCAUAGUAAUUAUAAAAAAGUAUAAAUUAAGCUCUUAGCAAUUCAUAAAUAUCCAAAUCAAGUAAUAUUGGUCUAGAUUAAUUUAUGCAUUUACCUAAAAGUUAACGCUAAUAGCAAUAGUAAAUGUAAAAUGGAAAUCUAAGAGAAGAAUAAAUUUAAUCUAGACAGCCAUACAUUUCUUCAAAUCAGCCAAGUUUGAAUUUAAGCAGAGAUUCAAGUCCGAAUAGAAAUAGCGUAAAAGCUUAAGAUUAAGUUGGACUUAGAGGUUCUAGAUCAAUUUCAAGCAACAUACAAUAUGAAGGAUAAUAGAAAAAAAUGUAUACAUUUAAUGAAGUAACAACGUUUGGAUAAUAAACAGAUAGAGAAAUAUCAUAGUAAUAAUAAUAAUAAUAAUCAAUAAAUAAUUCCAAUUCAGUCAAUUCUAUGCGUAAGAACAACCAUAUAAUAAGAAGUUUAUAAAAUCCAUAAAACAUUUACUAAGAACCUUAAAGAAAUUUUGUCUCUAGCAAUUCUCAAGAAAAAUAUACCCCCUAUACUACUUCAAAUCCCUCAAGCUAAAGACCAUCUGUUUCGCAGCAUGGAGAUGAGCGAAUUUCAUAAUCUCAAAAUAUAGAAAAUAGCUAGCUUAUGAGCUAUCCAUAAAUACUAUUAGAAUAAGCAGACUACUUCUCACCUUAAACUUCAAGAAAAUUUCUUCAUUUCUUCCAAGAUAAUUCUAAAAUAUUUCAUUAUUUAGAUCUUGAAACUCUUAGCAAAGAUUCUUAAACACAGCAAUUUUAACAAUAAAUUUUAAAUAUUUAAUUCAAAAUUCCUAUGUACCAUAGAAGUGUUAUGACACCAUUUGGGGAUACUUAUAUUACUGGAGGUGUAGAUGUUAAUUAAAAAAGUUACGUACUUAAUACAUGUUAUAAGUUAAACUAUAGAUAAGCUACACUUGAACCUAUCAGUUCCAUGUAUUAUCCUAGAUCCAAUCAUGGUAUUGCAUUUUGUGAAGGUUAUAUUUAUGUUUGUGGAGGCUCUACAAAUCAGGAUAAUACUUGCUUAGAUAAAUGCGAAAGAUUUGAUGUAGAAAUAGGAAGGUGGGAGUAAAUAAGCAGCUUAAAUUAAAAAUGUAGUGGCUGCUCUCUGAGCUAAUUCUCUAAUAGAUUUUUAUUUAAAUUUGGUGGAAAUACUGACAUAUUUACAUUAAGCAAUACUAUAGAGAGAUAUGAUAUUUAGUUAAAUGAAUGGAAAAUAAUACCUUUUAAUAUAAUUCCUAAUCAUAUAACUAUGAAGUUACCAAGUUUCUGUGGAUCUUGCUAAGUAAAUAAAGAUGAAAUAAUUUUGCUAGGAGGAUCUAAUCAUAGUAAUAAGCUGUAGAACGUAUUUUUAAUCAGAAUGUAUAGCGAAGAAUGUGAUGUGAUCUUAUUAAAACCUUUGCCUAGAGCAGGUACAUUUUGGCAAAACCCUAUUGUCCUUGGAGGAGUAAUUUUUAGCUUGCAAAAUAUAAUUAUGGAUAAAUCUCCUGACCAUUGUUACUUUGGUAAGAAGCGAAUAUUGGCUUUUAACUCUUAAAUUUGGAAACAAAUUGGCUCUGAUGAAAUAGAUUACUACAACUCUUCAAACUCUGCAAAUAUGGUUUCAUCAAAUAUUAAUAUAAAUUAGAACUAAUCAUAUAUAUUGGAUAAUAGUUAUAGAAAAUAAACAGCUUCGAAAAGCCCCUACAGAGUAGGCUAGAGUUUAACUACUUCUAAUAAGCUAAAAAAAGUAUUUUAUGAUUGA